AUGCCCCGGCGAGCUCUUCUACCGCAUCAGCGGGGUCAUCAACUCGGUAAACAAUACUUGGCUGAAACGCUAUCCUUAUCCGAUUUUGAGCACAUCCUGGCGGCCGCGGAACAAUUCUUUCGUACUUGGGACGCCGAUAACGAGAAGAGAGCUGCACUAGGUGCUGAACAAAAGGCCCACGCUGAAGCGCACCGCCACACGCAUAUCAUCCGCGUCUUACGCUUCCCCGACACUUGGCGGAUUUCAUGCGAGGACCCUAUGAUUCCAGCGUCAGUUGUGGGGAUUUUCGACGCAGCCGCCAGCAUCCCCACAGCAUCGCCCUGGUUCAAGCGGCUCUUGUUCCCGCUGUUUAUCGCGGGCGCCGAAACGUCCGUGCCGCACCAGCAGCGGUUUGUGGAGAUGUGCAUUGGUGAGAUCAAGCGGAUGACGGGGUCUCAACAUGUCGCUAUGACCGAGGUCCUGGGCAAGGUGUGGGAGGAGAGGUCGCGACAGGUGGACCGGUCUCGAAAUUUGCAUUGGAUGGAGUAUACGUGCUCGGUCAAUCUGGUCCAGCAGCAUGAUUAUCUGUUCUUCUAG